AUGGACAUCAGCGGCAUGCACCUGGUCCCAUGCUCCCGGCGCCGCGCCGCCGCUAGCGCCCGGCCGGCCGGCAGCGAACCGUCGUACGUACGAACCGUCCCUGAACCGCGUUCUGGGACGUCCGUUCCAGGGACCCGGAUCGCCGCUGCGAUCCGUGUGACUCCUGCGCCAGGUGCAGCGCGCCUGUGCCGCUCGCACGGCCGCGCGGCCCCGGUUCCGGUCGCCCGCGCCCCCGCUCGCUCCCCCACGCAGCGCCUGAGCCCCCGCAUUGCGCCCGCCUCCUCCGCGCCCAGCCGCCGCCAACGAGAGUACGGGAGAGCGCGCGCGCCCCAGACCAAACCAACUGCACCCGCCCGGCAUGGCCAAGAGGCGGAGCCAGCAAACAAAUAG